CGAUGGUCCCUGUGAAAGGGUCGUUCGACCCCCAGGUUGAGAACCCCUGUGCUAGAUGAAGAGAUGUGGCAUUAGUGAGUGGUGGGUAUGUAGGUGUGAACUGAUCAGGCCUCCACGCUGCCAGAACAUCAGCACCAUAAUGGCCAUAGCUGGAAUAUCAUUACUUCUAAGAAGUGUUCGGCUGACAUCAAAAUUUACAAGUUCUUCAGACAUUCCACUAGAAUUUAUAAAAAAGAAUGUUAAACUACGUGGACGAUUACGCCGACUAACUGAGGAUGUUUUAGAAAUUGAACAUAUUCCUAUUACUUUACCUAUUAUAUCGUCAUGGAGAAAAGAGCCCUGUGGUGUUUUGCUGGUUAAGCUGGCUGGAGUAGAACUCACGAAAUCUGGGAAGGUGUGGUUACAAAAAGAACUAAAACCUUCCCAACUACUGUGGUUCCAGCUUCUCGGAAAGGAGAAUUCAGUACUCUUUUGCUACCUUUUAGUGAAUAAGGGUAGAUUUUUUAAUGUGAAUCUAAAUGAAGACAUUUUGAGAAGAGGCCUUGGCAAAACUGUUCUUGUUAAAGGACUAAAUCAUGAUUCUAAAAUGUAUUGGAAAAUUCACAAACGCUUACUUAAAGCUGAAUUAACAGCCUUAAAAAAGGGAGAAGGAAUAUGGAAGGAAGAAUAUGAAAAAAAAUCUUAUUUGGAAAAAUUCAAAGACUCCUGGGGAGAAUAUUGGAAGAAAGAUAGUUAUUUUAAAAAAAUUGGAUCAGAUUUCAACCUGAAAAAAGAAAGUUAUUAUGACAAAUUUAGAAGUACUUAUGAAGCAUGGAAAGACAACUCCUUAAUACUGAAGUUCAGAGAACUUAUGAGUCGCAUACACUUUCGUAGAAAAGGGUGAAAUAUUCCAAGAGGUCUAGAGGUGACCUACUCUGAAAAGAGUAAAAUAUGUAACUAUAUGGACAUAUUUCAUUGAGUUGAAAUGGGAAUUUCUCAAAAUGACCCAAGUUGUAUUUUCAUGGUAUUUAAAUAUUUAAGAGAUGAUUGUUAUAAAGGUGACAUCAGAAUAAUUUAAACAAAAUGUGAUUAAUGUAAUAUGCUUUUAGGAAAAAUUAAACACCCUAUAAAAAUGUACCAGGUUGGGGGAUAUAUACAUGUUGUGCUGAUAUUUGAAGAGAGAAUUUAAUUGUAUGGGUCAUUGUGUUCUUUAGUUAUUUUGGGCAGCCAUAUUUAAGUUGUUUUUUUUUAAAGAGAAUAUUUCUUCCAGUUUUAUCAAGUUUGAUUAUUUAUAAUAAAGGAGCUGUUUAUAACCCA